CCAAGCCAUGGACUCGCGCGGGGAGAUGAAGGCGCUGGACGCGCAGAUCGAGCGCCUGCGCCGCGCCGAGAACCUGACGGAGACGGAGAUCUACGAGCUGUGCCAGAAGGCCAAGGAGAUCCUGUCGGGCGAGUCCAACGUGCAGCCCGUGCGGCGACAUCCACGGGCAGUUCUACCACCUGUUGGAGCUCUUCCGGAUAGGCGGCGCACCAACUAAUAAUAAUAAAGAAGUUUCUGCAUAGUUC